AUGUGCAGGAAAGUUAAUUGCAGCACUUGCGGAAAAGUUGCCUGGUAUGGAUGUGGUGCCCAUAUUCCGAAGGUUUUGGACCAUAUCUCACAGGAUGAGUGGUGCUCAUGUGAGCCUAAAGUUGAGGUCAACGGGAAUAAGUACCCGCCGAAAGCUCACGUAUGCGCUGUGAGUUAA